ACCACCACCACGGCACCACCUCCCUCCGGCUCCGACCCCCCCUGCAUGGCCGCGUCGCCGCCGUCGAGCUAGCCCGCCGGGCGCAUGGGGGCGGCUGGCCGCGCGCUGUCGUCGGUGCUGGCGCUGUGCCUGCUGCCGGUCCUGCUGCCGCUGCUGCUCCUCUGCCUGCCGCUGCUCUGCGUCGCCGUCGCCGCGGCCCGCUUCCGCCGCCGCCGGAGGAGGCUGCUGCUGGCGGCGGCGAAGAGGGCAGCCUGCCGCCCCGGCAGCGAGCGGCCGCCGCCGGGAGGGACGGAGGCGGACGGCGGGCACCGCGCGGCCCUGCUGCACAAGUACCUCCAGGACCAGGUGGACCUCGUCGGCGCCGGCGCCGCGGCCGCGGGCCGGCGGCCGGGCCCGCAGCGAGACUCGGCUGCAGAAGUACCGUGGGGUAAGAGGUGUGGCUGAUGAUUGUGCUUGGAUAGAGCUAGGAGAUAGCUGAGCUUGGAUUGGAGUUGGAGAUGGAGGCUGUGCCACUGUUUUCUUGUGGGGGGUUCGGUUCUUGAUUCUGUGUCUGUCAGCCUGUGAGAUGUUCUGACAUGAGACCAGUAUCAUCUCCUGAUGACUGAUCGAUCAGAUGUUCUGUCCAGCAGAAUCAGUGGAUUCAGCAGGCACCUGACUCACACACUGCGAUCUCUCCUCUGUUUUCUUGCUCACACGCCAUUCAAGUACAACAUGUCAUAGCAGUAGCAUUCUCUUGAUCAAAAAGUUUGCCGCUCUUCAUGAUCUUCA